UGGUUUGAUGCAAGACUAGAGGGGCGAAGAGUGACGUCCGUUGGGGUUUUGGCUCGAUUUGGCUUCCAUGGUUGUGCUUAUAUAGGGGAUUUUGCUGGUGCGUGUGUUUGUUUUUCGACUACUGUUGUCAUUUACCCACGUUCCCCUUUGUUUCUGUACUUUGUGGAAACCAGACAACCCUUCUGCAGGGCCGAUGGUCAGAAAUCUGUUCGUCGCCGCCAGCCUCUUCCUGCUGUCUGUGGAAAACUUCAUCAUCCCCUGCAGCUCCCAAAGAGUUUUGAAGACACUGUAAGCGAGGGAACACAAAGUCAGGGGAAAGAUUCACUGUGGCUGAUUGUUGGGCACUCAGAAGAGAGAGAGAAAAGGCCUACGGCUUCACCGCCACUGCAACACCACUGCCUAGGGUUCUUCGAAAAUCGUUCAUUACACACAGUUGUGCACAGAUCUCCCGGUCCGGAUGACAGCUAAAAGAAAUUUGAUGGAUUUGACAUGCAGAAAGGAGGGGUCUAUUCCCACCACGCUAGCGGCUAGCGUACCAUUCUCUGCCUGAGUCCCGGUUUCUAGGCCUCGUCCCAUUACCUUCUCCACGCUCCUCCCAUCCCCAAAGAAUAAUUCGGAAAAGAGAGAGAUCGCAGGUAUAUGUGUGAGUGAGAAAUCGUUCCCAAGAGCAAAAAGAGCGAUAAUUCCCACCACCUUCCUCAUUACUACCGUCGUUUAUUAUUGAUCGCCAAAGUUUGAAACCCUUGGGAAGGAAACUUGUUGGGAGUAGCGGGUAAGAAUUUCGGCCUUAAUUUUCAGUGGGGGAAGCGAUGGAUCAUCAUUUCCAAGUGAACAGCAUGUUUGCCAACGCUGGGAACUCGUUGUUCGGUGAGAGAAACGGCGUGGGGUGCCCGCAACCCCAAGGAUCGUCAGAUGCGGGGGGCACGAGUUCCAUUAUGGCUUUCAUAAAACAAGAGCAGCGGCACCAGCAGCACGCAGGCGUCCAUCCUCCUGCUUCUGUCCCCUCGUUUUUCUCCCACGCCACCACCGCCACCUGCAAUAACUACUACCCAGGGGGGCAGCAAGAGAGGCAGGAAGGAGGUGGAGAACCUGACAACUCCAAAGAGACGGAUGCCAUCAAGGCCAAAAUUAUUGCACACCCGCAAUAUUCUAGCUUAUUAGAAGCCUACAUGGACUGCCAAAAGAUUGGAGCUCCACCACAAGUCGCAGAUAGAUUGAGUGCCAUAAGGAGAGAAUUGGAACAAAGGCAACGCUCGUCAGCUAGCGGGAGUGUCUCUGGGAGUGAUCCAGAACUUGAUCAGUUCAUGGACGCCUACCAUGAUAUACUUGUGAAAUACCGAGAGGAGCUGACCAGACCUCUACAAGAAGCUAUGCAGUUUAUGAGGAGCAUAGAGUCGCAGCUCAACUCCUUAAGCGACGGAUCAGUACGCGUUUUCUCCCUAGAUGACAAACUUGAGGGAACCGGAUCAUCAGAGGAAGAUCAGGGUGGUAGUGGAGGAGAAUCAGAACUUCCUGAGAUUGAUCCUCGGGCUGAGGAGAAUGAAUUGAAGCACCGUCUUCUAAAGAAGUAUAGUGGGUAUUUAGGAAGUCUGAGGCAAGAGCUCUCUAAGAAAAAGAAGAAGGGCAAGCUUCCAAAAGAUGCCAGACAGAAACUCCUGAAUUGGUGGGAAAUGCACUACAAAUGGCCAUAUCCAUCGGAGACAGAAAAAGUGGCGUUAGCUGAAUCGACAGGGCUUGAUCAGAAACAGAUAAAUAACUGGUUUAUAAACCAGAGGAAACGACAUUGGAAGCCCUCAGACGACAUGCAGUUCGUGGUGAUGGAUGGUCAUCCUCCCCACAAUGCGGCUUUUUAUAUCGAUAAUCAUCACUUCAUGGGCGACGCAUCGUUUCGAUUUGGUCCUUGAAAGUCGAGAUCGAGGUUUGCCUCUGGCAACCUUUUUUCUCCUCUGUAGCAAUAAUUACUGCACGCAUAAGCAAAUAUUUCAUUAUGUCAGUGGGCGUGUAAGUUGAUGCAAGACAGGGUUAGUCUGGUUGUGUCGAGGGAUGGUAGAUAGAUUACUUAUUAUUGCAGUUGACAUUUCUCCAUUACCAUAAACGACCUUUAGGCUAUACUUGAUUUAUGUGCUACUUAAAAUAUGUAGCUUGCUUUAAUUCCAUGCAUGUGGGCUCGUCUUCUCGCUGGAACUGGUUUUCCAUCCAGGAGCUUGCAAAUCUUUGGAAUUAAUUUGUGAUUUUUGUUGUUGUAGUGGUUGAGUACCUGCGUUAAUAUUUUAUGCAGUAUGUUCAGUUUCUUUCGAGUUGAAGACUGAUUGAGAUCAUGACCUUGUUUUCUUUCUGGGCAUUAUCUCGUCACAAGUUGGCAUUCAUCAACUGCCAUAAUAAAUACGGUAGUGGAAAAUUUUAAAUGACAUGGGGUUGGUAAGUUGAUAGGCAAGGGGACCUCAAUGGUUAGGUAUGUGAUUUUAAUUUGGGUAUCUUUUCUACUUA